AGGCUAAAGCUCUUCGGAAUGGUUUCGUCCGCUGGCUCUAGGGACCGUCUCUGAAGAGUCUGCCUUGGAGGGAGACGGAGGCCGGCGGGAGGGCUGGGGGAAGGGACCCGGGCCUAGAACAACUGCUGACUAAUCGGCGGGCGGCGGGCGGCGGAAGAGGGGGUGGCGGGGCGGCUCGGCAGGGGUCACGCGCCCGAGUGCAGGCAGAAUGGGCUCGGGGCUCUCGGGCCUUGCCGGGAAGCUGGAGUCCCGACUCCCAGCCAGGGGCCCCACCCGGCAUUCCGGGGGCGGGGGGCGCUCUCUGCAAAAGGGAAACUGAGGCCUAAGGAAUUUGGGUACUUUUCCUAAAGUCACAAAGCUGAGUCCGACCCACACCCUGGGACCCCCGCCCUCUCCAUCACUCGGAAGAAUCUACCCCCUCCUAAUCUUCUCAUUCAGUCCUCCGAGCUUUCCAGUAAGGUACCCAGGCCAAGGAAGGGCAGGGCUCGCCCAAAUCUUUCAGCGGGACCUGGAGCCAAGCUAGAGUCUCUCAGUGAACACAUAUGGAGAACUUGGGGAUGACACACAGCCUCAAGACCACCCUUGACACCUUCAGCCACGCUAUGCAUGCCCGAGGCCCCCCCGGCCUACCGUCCCCGGCGCUGCCUCUCGCCUCCUCUGUCCUGAUGCUGCUCCUGAGCAGCCUGUGGCUGGUGGGGGCUGGCCCCAGCCUUGCCCUGGCCCCGGAGCUGCUGCCUUGGCAGGCGCACCGGCUGCUGACCCAUGCCCUGGGCCACACGGCCCUACCUGGCCUGCUCCUGAGCCUGCUGCUCCUGCCCACGCUGGGCUGGUGGCAGGAGUGCCACCUGGGCACACUGCGGUUCCUGCAUGCCUCUGCCCUGCUCGCCCUGGCUGCCGGGCUCAUGGGGGUGCUGCUGGCAGGCCUCGGGGUGUCCAGUGCAGCCGGCGGCUGUGGCUACAUGCCGGUCCACCUGGCCAUGCUGGCUGGGCAGGGUCACCACCCUCGCCAGCCCCAGGGGAUCCUGCCACCAUGGCUCCUGCCCUGGCUGCUGCUCGCCUUGACACCACUGCUUAGCUCUGAGCCACCCUUCCUGCAGCUGUUCUGCGGCCUUCUUGCUGGCCUGGCCUCCAGACGCAGCCGGGGCCUUCCAGUGGCUGGAGCUGUCGGACCAGCGGCUGCAAGCACUGCAGGAGGGCGUCUUGUGCAGGGCCCUGGCCGGGUGCUGGCCGCUCAGACUCCUUCCUACCCCAGGCGGUCGGGCCGAGCUGCCUGUUACCCAUCCCACCGGAGUGAGGUGAGCGCGACACUGAAGACACCGGCCCUGCUGGCAGAAGCUGCGGUGGGGACCGGCAGUCAGGCCUUCUGCUUUUGCCCCUCCAGGCCUCCCACCCCUGGACCUCCCUACAUGGCCUCCUCUAGCCUCUGGUUCCGCGGUGAAGGCUCAGCCCAGCGCCCGCCAGGCCUGGAGCCUGUGCAGCCGACCUGGGAAGUCUCCUCAGAGGUGGGCCCGGCCUGGGCUGGGCCCAGCUUUCCCCCAGGGACCCCGCUGUGGGCAGCCCUGGAUGAGCAGAUGCUGCAGGAGGGGAUCCAGGCCUCACUCCUUGACGGGCCAGCCCCGUGUUCUGAGAGCCCGCUAUGGCUGCCUAAGUCGUCCGUCUCCUCUCUGCGGCUGCAGCAGUUGGAGCGCAUGGGCUUCCCCACAGAACAGGCAGUGGUGGCACUGGCAGCCACAGGCCGAGUGGAGGGUGCCGUGUCGCUGCUGGUUGGCGGGGAGGUGGGCACUGAGGCCCUGGUGAUGCAGGGGAGGGGUGGGCCCGCUCACCCUGAGGGUCCUGGUCCCCCCUAGCCCUGUCAGGGGUAGUCUGAGCCUAGCCCUGUCUGCCGAGUCGCGGUGUGGUGUGGAGACACCCCUCCGGCACCCCACCCUGGUACUGUUUAGAAUAAAGACCAGUUCAUUUUUCAGCCU